AAAUAACCACGGCACUGCCCACACUUAUUCACAAACUUGCUGYGUUAUUUUACUCCGUUUUUCUCUUUUAUUUUUUCCUCGAGUUUGUUACAAUAUGGCAGAGAUAGAGGGUCGUACUGGUCGUAUUCCUGAGGAAGAAUUACCCCGCUAUCGAGAGGCUUUUGACGAACUCGAUAAAAAUAAAAGUGGUUUCAUUGAGAAGGAGGAAAUCCAGGAUUUACUUGCCAAUCUUGACCUAAAAAUACCUGGACAUCAGCUGAGGACUUUGAAAGAAGAAUAUGGCGAAGAAAUUGAUUUUGAAGAAUUCAAAGAGGUUAGUCAACUAUUAGCGUGACUUCAAGACUUGGU